CGUUGGUGUCAUUGUCAAGGAUAGAAUAGAGGACUGUAAUUUGUAAACAGUGGACAGAAAGCCUGAAGUGUGAGUUUAAUAUUUUCUCUUCUCACACGGCUAUUUUAAACAGUUAGUAAACCUUUUGCAUGUGCAACGUCUAACUUACAUAACUUCUAGUGACAAUGAAACCAUGCGUAGAAUAAAACUUCACAACAGAGUGGCGAAAGUCAAGGAGAAAAACAGCGAUGAAUAGCGUUUUUUUGGUGAAUAUCUAGACAAUAAAGUCUGGCUACUUAACCAGAUAAAUAUAUCUCGUACAAUGAUCGAUGUAUUGCCUCAGUUUAUUGUCAAGAGAAAUCAAAGUAAACGUCUAAUUAUUAGUAAUAAUCAUUGUUACACAGAGCUUUUCUAUUGAUACUUCAAAAUGAACAGAUGUGUCCCAUUUAUUGAACAAUUAGCUGUUCAAUUGAAAGAUCGAAACAAUUUUAAACGACUUUAUACAACCUAUGACAAAAGUAAAACAAAAGAGUAUGAAGGGAGAAAACUGGUUGGAUUCUCCAUGGAGCAGAUAUUUGAUGUAGUAGCAGAUAUAGAGAACUAUAAGAAUUUUUUACCAUUCUGUAAGAAGUCUGAAGUAAUAUUGAAGAAAGAUGAUUUUUUAAAAGCCAAUCUAGUCAUAGGGUUUCCACCUUUAAAUGAGAACUAUGUGUCAAAUGUGACAACGAUGUAUCCUCAACUUGUGAAGGCAGAAUGUAUAGAUGGAAAGCUUUUCCAUCAUCUGGACACACUUUGGAUAUUUACACCUGGUUUGAAAAACAAUCCACAAACAUGUGUCAUUGAUUUUUCAUUAUCAUUCGAAUUCAAGUCAUGGCUUCAUUCUCAUCUUUCUAAUCUGUUCUUCAAUGAAAUUGUUCGACAAAUGGAAAAUGCUUUCCUAGAUGAAGCAAGAAAAAGGUAUGGAAAACCUUGCAUCAAAACUGUAAGAUUAGAGUAAUAAUUUGCCAAGACUAACUUGUCCAACUUUGAAACUGUUAUUUUUUGAAAAUAUUUUAUGCAAAAUAUUUAUUUCAUAAAUUAUAAGCUCUUUUAAUUUUACACAAUGAGUAUUAAAAAAAUUGUAUAAAACAUCUUGUAUAUAUUUACUGUAAAUAAACAUUUUUGA